AGAGAAAACACGCUGAGAGAGCAGAGGAGACCCUCCAGGCAAGGGCAGACUCCUUGCAGGGGCAGGCUGGGGGCCCCCCGCUGCCUGCUGGGUCAGGCUGGUGAAUUUGGUCACAGUUCCGCCCCCCAGAUUCACUCCCUAGGUGUGUUUGUUUACUGGUUCCUCCCUGUCUUGCUCAAAUGCUCCAACUCUACAAAUCCCGGGAUCUUGGGGUGCAGAUCACCUCUCCCAGAUUCCUGAGCCUGUGUCUGGCCAUGGGCACCUCUGGCAUCUUCCUCUGCGUCCUGUUCCUCUGUGGGGCACUGGGUCUCACCAUGUCCCCUGCUCAGGGAAGGCUCCGCUGCUACACCUGCAGCUUCGCCAAACCCUGCUACCCUGUUCCCACCGAGUGUCGGGACUAUGAAGCUUGCGGCAUCAGUAUUGGCACCUCAGACCAGAGUGAGAUCACUGAGCGAAAAAGCUGCCUCCCAAGGGCCCAGUGCCCUCUGCCGGGCUAUGCCACCUACUGGCUGCACUCCUACACUCUGCGGCACCCCCGCUGCGAGCAAGACCUGUGCAACACGGCCACUUCCCCACAGCAGCUCACCAGCCUCCUCGCCUCCCUGCCCCUCCUCGUGGCCAGCUUCACUGGGAGAGGACACCUCCUCCACUAG